AUGAGGCGUCUUUCACCUAUGUUUCUUGGUGUUUCUUCGCUAUUGCUAUUUACUCCUUUGAUCUGGGGCGCCUCACUACCCUCAAGAGACCUGUACUCUCCCUCGUCUUCUACCAUUCGAAGGGGAUCUGAUCUCCAUGGCCCUAUCUGCGCCAAAGAAGGGCCGUCUGUGAACGAUAUUAGGUGGAAAGAAGGUGACUGGUCUGCCUCAUGGCUGUACUCCGUCGCUGGUGCUUUGGUCAAUGCUCGACCAGAUGACCUGAGGAAAUCAUGGGAAGAUGAAGAUCUGGGUAAUGUUCCAGCUAAUCAAGAUGCAACAGAGGCGAGUAUCGCUCUCUUCAACAAGGAUGGGGAAAGAAUCAAAACCAAAACUCUUCUAUCUGACAUUGGAAAAACCUACAAGGCUGCUAAUAUCAAGCAUGAUACAUCGGCAACAAGUAAUUGGUGGCUUGCAGCUUCGGAGAUGGCAGCUGUCAAGAUGGGUGGGUUUGAAGGCUUGGAAGGAGAUAAGAUAACGUCUGCCGGAAGUCCUUUAGAUGCGUUCAAGAUGUUGACGAAUAAAUCAGCCAAGAUAGACGAUAUCCAUCCUGAGCAAGUGGAACUCGUUUGGGAUCUAUUGACCGAUAGCAAGGUCACCCCAAUCGUGAUCAAACUUAGUCAAGGUGCAUGGUGGACUGUCAUCUCUGCGAUGCCCAACGGGGGUGAAAAGCCUUGGCAGAAUAGCACGGUCGAGAUAUACGACCCAAGUGCAGGGAAGACUGAAUCGAUCUACCUGCCUGCCUACUUACACGAUAUCAAACAAGUUGCGCAUUGGACGAUCUGA